CUGUCGCAGUGCACUAUGCAUGACAUACUUCUUCCAAUAAGGCCCUAACAACCUUCCCCGAACCCAAUCCGAACACCAAGCUGUAGUAUCGUGAUCUCUCAAGCGACGCGACUGGCCACCAUCUCACGUGACUCACGUUCCCACACCGCCUGGCAUCUCCUCCCCGGCAAGAAAAUUGCCCGUAUCAGUAUCAGGCAUACCAAUCAACCACCGUACUGCAACUGCAUCACAAACCACCCUCUUCCACCCUUCGCCCCCUCUCCCAGGCAAACCAACACCAGCCUCCAAAGAUGCAGUCCACAACCACAAUCCGAAUCCCGCGCUUCCUCCUCCCGCGAGGCAUCCCCACCCCUCGAACCCUCCAAGCCCUCACCAGCACCACCAGCCCCCGCACCCCAAGCAUAACCCCCCGCCGCUGCGCCUCCAGCAAAUCCGGCGCCGCCAGCAAAAACAAAGACAAACCGAUCGUCCUCCCGCAACCGGACAAAUUCCGGCCGCCGUCGCACCCGCAGCGGCGCGUGGUGCGCACCAGCAACGGCCGCGUCGUGACCGCCGACCCGGUGCACUACGGCCCGCGCCUGACGGAGGCCGAGAAGGAGGCGCAGCGGAAGAAACAGUACCCCAACAUGUUCCCGCCGGAGGGGACGGUGGCGCAUAAGUUUCUGACGAAUCGGGGGAUCCAUGUUUGGAUUGCUAUGGGCGUGCUCACUUCCCUGGCUACGUUCACCUUCACCACGAACUUCAAGCGGUCGUCGCCGUUCGCGCAUCUGCUCCCGUCGUGGUCCGGGUUGCUGUCGCAUCCCUUCGAUACGGUGGGCCAGGCGCUCGCGGUGUUCCGCAUGCAUGUCGAGCAUUCGUCGCAGCAGACGCGCGAGAAGCGCCGGCAGCGCGUCGAGGAUGCCGAGAAGCGGAGGCAGUAUCGCAUUGCGCAUGGGUUGGAGGAGGCGCCGGAGGCUGCUGAGGGUGCUGCUGCUGCUGCUGCUGCCGCGGAGGCGGUGGAUGAUCAGUCGCCUAUUGCUCGCGAGGCGGCGGACGGCACGUAUGUCGAUUGGGAGGGACAGAAGAGGCCCGUGAAGAAGUGGUUGGGUAUUUGGUAGGCUGGUAUUGGAACCGUCCGGUGCAAGCGGGGCUCGGACACGAGAGAGAGAGAGAGGUACUGCGGUGUGUAAGAUGAGGGAUGUAGUUGAGGAAGAUUUUUCAGCAUAUCUUAGGUCUAUGUACAAUACUACUAGCUUUCUAUCCUCCUCGGCGGGUUGUCCUCUUGUCUAUUGGGGGCUAAACAUCUGGCGGAUUAUCGCUGUGAUUAAGAAUCACGCUCUGUCGGGUGGAUAUGCGUUCUUCUUUCCUCGAACACACGCCCAGAAGAUGUCUGCCAUGAGGUUUGACAGUUUAUUCCCAGUGUCCCAGAGCGACAAACCAGACCUCAUGAACCGCUCAACCA